CACACAUCCGAGAGUUCAUACCAUAGUCGUGAGUAUUCAGCGGAAGCUGAAUAUUUUACGUACAUUUUCCCCUCACGAUUUCUACACUCCAUUACACUGCUAGAUACCGGACAAGACAUCAAUUCAAGGGUUUCUGGUUGACUGCUGACUCGAGUGAUGUUGUUAAUGCUUCUACUCUCUCUGACGACUGUCAAUGGCGAAUUACACGGAGAAAAUGUGUGUACAUUCAAUAACGGGACACGACGCUUCAGAACAAUCAUUAUAACUGAAAGGGUUAACACUACGGAUGCUCAGUGUCAUGCCUACAACAGUAUUGGUUGCAUUAGAUGGGAAUAUUAUAAAGAUGUUUCAAGGACUGUAAAUGAGAGCUACAUCGAGAAUCAUCAUGUUCAGGCUUGCUGCCUUGGUUUCCAGCAGAUUGACGACACUUGUGAAGUAUGUAGGGAAGGAACCUUUGGUUGGCGGUGUGAGGGCUUCUGCAGAUGUCCAGUGAAUUCAAAGUGUGAUGCAAACGACGGACAGUGUUCCUGUUUACCGGGACUGACAGGCGAAAAUUGUGACGAAGAAUGUCCCGAUGGUUUUUAUGGUCCCAACUGUUCGUCCUCGUGUAAUUGUCCACACCCUGGAGAUUGUCACAAAGUCACGGGCAAGUGUUUUUCCACACCAAACCAAGUAAAUGAACACACACCAGAUUCUGUUCCACCGACACAAGCUUCUUCCAUCAUAUACUACGUCGUAAUAGCUGUACCAGCAGGACUUGGACUUAUCAUCAUCAUUCUCAAUGCACUUCUUAUAUACCGAUGCAGACUAAGAAAACGUCUAUCUGAAAGGGGUUGCUCACAAAGAGGUACACGAGAAGAUUACGAAACCAUUGACGACCAUUUCCUUUCAAAUAAUUACGUGGACAUGCCGCACACACAUGACACUGGAGGGUUUAAAGUGAUCGAUUCAGGUAUUCCAGACGAAACAUACAAUGAAAUACAUCCCGAAAUACAUCAUGGCCGCAACAAUGAAGAACAAUACACAGAAGUCACGUGUAUCAUAGAGAACACGAAACGCCAGCACACAUCAAUUACUAGUUGUCAAGGUGAUACAACAAUCCUUGGAAACUAUGAUACAAUGUCGCGUUCCUGGGAAAGAAAUAUUAACGACGAGAACAGCAAUGAAAGUGAUUACAAUACGCUGGAAAAGGACUUAAUAUCAUACGAUACCUUUAAGAGUGUAAAAGAGGCGUCAUCUAUAGCAUCUCUCCCUGCUUAUUUGGAUGACAAUUAUAGCAAUGUCAAUAUUACCGAGAAAGGCGAAAGCCUGAAGAGUCUGAAUGUAGGGUCUCUUCCACCAUAAUACGUGCGACCACCUCUUAUCAAUACUUAAUCAAUUUGAUGUUCAGUCUUCUACUUCUUAAACAGUUUUCACCGGAUCAUUCCUUAUCUUCGAAACAACAGAAAUUGUUUAUUUGUCGUUUAUAGUUGUUUCACGGAUUUUUUGUAAGAGUUUAGUUUUUGGUUAUAUAGAGACAUCUAUUUCAAAUACCGCCUCCUCAUGAUACAUCCUUAUCAUCAACUGACUCCAUAUCCUAUUAAUUUUCAUAUUUCAUUAAUCUGAUUUAACAUCAUCAGUUACACACGAGGAUAUAUUAAGGAUUGAAGGAGAUAUUAAAUUGGUGUAUCGCUGUAAAGACCGAAACCCACUUCAGUGCACUUCAGUUUUGGGUCUAUAGAGUGUUACCCCAAUUAAUAUUCUCGUUCAAUUCUUAUAAUUUUACAAUUAACUGUAAGUUGUUCGAAUGUUCGACUGAAAAUGGCAUGUAAAUGCUUACCAAUAUUAAUGAAAGACAUUAGAGAACGUGCGCAUGAAUGUUUUCAUCAAAGCAUGUGCUACAUUUUCGGCAUACAAUGGAAAAGCGCGUUACAACCCAGGCUAUUUCGUUAUUCAGGUCAAUUCAUUCGUCAUUUAAAUGUCAAUAAAAUAGGUUGGAAUGAAAUGGUAGGGUUCGAAGUUAUUUUCUAUGAAUUUAUUUAUACUAUUAAUGUUGACCUACAAACCAUGUAGCAAUUACCCGUUACGUCAUGAUUCACGUACAUAUGUUUGGAAUUUUCAAAGACAAUGAUGAAUAACACCGUUGAAUACAAAACUAGGUAAUAUAUUAAACAAAAUGAAUAUUAAACUACAUCGUGCAGGUUCGUUCUUCUAUUACUCGUCAGUGAUGCUAGGGCCACCGUUAACUCUUUCGUCAUUCUAGGACUCGCCAGUCACGCAAGAGGCCAAAAUAUGAAACACCAGAAAGACAAAGUGGAUAUUAAAUAAAGAAUUGUUGUGAGUUCAAAGUUAACCAGCUACCUGAACAUGGGCGGGAUCCAGGCUUCUCAAGUCAGGGAUGGGACAUUCCUGCAGACCUGCGCAGUCCAUAGACCUCGGGCAAUAGGUCAACACAGUUAGACGGUUCGCUGAAGUCUCGCCUAAGCGGAAGUGGUAUCUAGGGAGGAGUCAGAAAUAUCACCUCUGUUUGGUUCUGGAAUAAUGUCUAUUUGCACAGCAAUUUUGUAAAUUUUAUGGAUAACCAGAGAACCCCAACACCUUACCUUCUGGUGUCUUCCAUACCCAGACAGGUAAAGGUCCCUGUUCGUGUUGGACAGUGUUUUCCGCUAUUCGAGCUAUUUUUCAUCAAUAUUGUAGCAAAAUGCAUUAGACGAUACCUCGUGAAACUUUUAACCCAGGUGGACAGGUGAAUGGCAACACCAUUAAGAUAGCAAAACACCGAUAUGAUCAAUUGCCGUUAUUGUUCUAUUUGUGUAAAAAGUGUAAAUAAUACCACGACACGGAAUUAAAAACACGAUCGUAAUAAACAAACCAAUACAUGAUUUAUAUUGUAAAGUGACGGAAUUAAUAACACAAUCAUAAUAAACAAAACAAUGCCUGAUUUAUACUGUAAGGUGACGGAAUUAAUAACACGAUCGUAAUAAACAAAACAAUACAUGAUUUAUACUGUAAGGUGCCGGAAUUAAUAACACGAUCGUAAUAAACAAACCAAUACCUGAUUUAAACGGUAAAGUGACGGAAUUAAUAACACGAUUGUAAUAAACAAACCAAUACCUGAUUUAUACUGUAAAGUGACGGAAUUAAUAAUACGAUUGUAAUAAACAAACCAAUACCCGAUUUAUACGGUAAAGUGACGGGAUUAAUAGCACGAUUUAAAUAAACCAUUACCUGGUUUAUACGGUAAUGUGACGGAAUUAAUAACACGAUCGUAAUAAACAAACCAAAGCCUGAUUUAUACGGUAAAGUGACGGAAUUAAUAACACGAUUUAAAUAAACCAAUACCUGGUUUAUACGGUAAUGUGACGGAAUUAACAAGAUCGUAAUAAACAACCCAAAGCAUUAUUUAUAGGGUAAAGUGAUUUAUUCCUUUGAAAUAGCACAAAAUAAGGAACUCCUGAACACAAUCUGUUGGCCCCAAUAAAUUGUUUAUAUACAGUGAUUCUUAUACAAUAUACCAAACACUGAUGCGUGAAAAAAAUACAAGUAAUGUCGAUUAUAGCCUUUGUGAACCGUUUAGUAGUCUUAAAACUUAAAAAAUGCAUCACUCAAAUAAUUUAAUUCGAAGUAAAUAUCUACAUCAAAAUUAUAGUUUAUUUGUUGUUUUUUUACUUUCCCGACGUCUUCGAAUCAACAAAGUGUGACUGUCUAUAGAUAUAUUAUUUAUACUAAACGUACAUAGCGAGUUUUGUCCAAAAAAAUCAAUCACAAUAGCAUAACUGUUUACGUGAUAUUACUUAAAAAGGCCUGGCAGUUAUUCCUGCUCACUUGCUUUUCUAUACAAGAUGGCUUUUAAAUUUCAGCCACAUCUAUAUAAGUCUUAUUAUUAUUACACGUAUGACAGGUAUCUAACCUUAGCUUCCAUGCUUAAAACUGAUGACAGUAUUUUAAUAUCUGCUUCUUAGCGCGAGAUGUAUUUCUUUUCGUAUCAAAACUAUCAAAUAGGACAGAGAUCGACUAAAAUGCAACGUUGAAUUAUAUGGCUUUCAGGUAGACGAGAUAAAAUAUUUCUAUCACUAUGAAGGAUAAUAUACAGAAUGGAAUAGUGUUAUGAGUCUAUGAGGGAACCACAUUUUACAAAAGACUUUUACACGGGUGCAUAAUAAAAUACUGCAUUGGCGACAAAAUCUAAUUUUGAGGCGGGCUUGGUUCGAAAAUAGCUUCCCCUUUAAGAAAUAAGCUUACAGUUUAGUAGAAUAUUACAACAGACGCUGGGUGAUAUCAUUUUAGAUCCAUGGAGAAUAUCAGUAGAUGAAUUUAUAUUCUUGUUCAAUUAGGAAAGCACACGUCCAUCGAUUACAAAUCUGAUAGAAGAUAGGUUAUGACGAAAUAAACUUUCAUUGAAUGCAACAAGGGUACGAAAAUAAUUUCCUUGUUCAUGCAAUAAAACGAGAAAUUUGGUUCAAGACAAAUGUUUUAGGUAUUGCAAAAAAAUCCUUUGUUUCAGGUCCAAAGAGAAAUUUAGGAUAUCAUACUUUUCGAUAUGCUGUACACCAGACAUUCUCAGUUGGAUUACCAUCUAUUCUGUAUACGAAAUAAAUCUGUGGAAUGUGCGAAUGUCACCACUAAUUACCUUUUUAUAAGUUGGUUUUCCCAGAAAUACUGCCACCACAUGACUUGCGACUUCGACCGCCAUCUUCGUUCCAUUGACAAUGGUGUAUAUAAAUGCGAUGAAAGGGGAAACAUAUAAUUUACAUUAGUCUAGUUAGUGAGCGGUAUUAUCAAAACGUGAUUGUGUCAAUACAAUUUAUUAUUCUUACAGAAAUAAAAGUGAUGUGAUUUACUU